AUGGAAGUCACAAAUUCAAUGAGAAUUGAGAAGUUUAACGGCAAGGAUUUUCGACAAUGGAAAUUUCAAGUCAGUUGUGCCUUAAAAGCGAAAGGUUUAAAUAUCCAUAAAAAAAAAAAACCGACGGUGGGUGAUACGACGCAGUGGGACAAAAAUGAUGGCAUGGCCAUGUUUCUAUUAACUUCGUCUAUGGAACUGAACCAAAUCUCAUUAAUUGAAAAUUGUGAAACAGCAAAGGAAGUGAUGACAAGGUUGGAAUCAAUUUACGAACAAACAUCGGAACUGAACAAAAUGAUGGUGCACGAGAAAUUCUAUCAAUAUAAGAUGUCAUCAACCGAUAGUAUUGCACAGCAUAUUUCCAAAGUCGAGAACUUAGCUAAACAAUUAAAAGAGACUGGCGAGGAAAUAAGUAAUACAUCAAUUAUGACAAAAAUAUUAAGUACACUACCUUCAAAGUAUCGUUCUCUGCGUCAGGCAUGGCUGUCAUUAGAUCCACAUUCUCAAACAAUUCAGAACUUAACAGCAAGAUUAUUAGAUGAGGAGGCGAGUUUGACAAAUGAGGAGGAAUCUGAGAGUGCUUUAGUAGCCAUGAAACAUUCUAAGCCACAAAGAAAAUUUCAGAAUCACAAUAUGAAAAAAAUUUCAACGUCUGGUCAAAAUAAUCAGCAUCGAUUUAUAUGUUAUAACUGUAACAAGAGAGGGCAUUUUGCAAGAGAUUGUCGAGCCCCAAAGAAGUCUGAGAGGAAACCUCAAGAGCAAAAGAUGCUUGCAUUCAGUGCCGAGCAAUGUUUACAGUCUGAAGCAGAUAUAGAUACAUGGAUUCUUGACAGUGGUGCAUCUGCACACAUGUCAUACAGGCGCGAUUAUUUCAGUGAGUUAAUGGAUUAUGGCAAGAAUAGUGGUGGUACAACUGUGAGAUUGGGAAAUAAGAAGGAACUAGUGGUGCAAGGUUGUGGAAAUAUAUUAAUUAAUAGAUGUGUGAAUGGAAAGUGGGAGAAAAGUAUUCUAGAAGAUGUACUUUAUGUACCAGAGCUACGCAGAAAUUUGUUCUCAGAAGGCAUGGCAACAAGAAAAGGCUAUGUUAUAAUUAAGAAGUACAAUGAGGCCUUAAUAUUAAAACAUAAUACUGUUGUUAUGACUGCAACAUUGAAGCAGAAUAAUCUAUAUGAAGUAAAUAUUAAAACCACAGUGCAAAUAGAUUGUAAUUUAGCACAGUCAAGUUUGAAAAUCUGGCAUGAACGUUUGGGACAUUUAAACUUGAAGGAAGUGAAAAACAUGAGCAAGAAUGGUGCAAUUCCAGUAAAGUUAACGGAUGACAUCAACUUUGUGUGUGAGGCUUGUCAAUAUGGCAAACGGAGCCACUUGCCAUUUCAUAAAUCUUGUAGAGGAGAAUGUGAACCUGGUGAUUUAACCUACAGUGAUGUGUGUGGACCUGUAGAACAUACAUCUGUAUCUGGAGCAAGAUAUUUUGUUUUAUUUAAAGAUGGUGCCACCAGCUAA